GCAGGCUCCUCCCCUGCUCUCGCGAGAGCUGGGAAGCAGAAAAUGGCGCGGACGUGAGUGCGAGCCCACGUCGCCGAGGAAGUCGCCGCCAACUGAUCCGGAGCCACCGGAGCCGCAGGAACAAGAGGUCGAGUGGACUGGAAGAUGGAGGAGGAACCCUCGGAGCCCAGCCCGGACACGCUGGCCCCUGCAGAGCCCAGCUCCAGUGAGACCGACAAGGAGGAGUUGUCUCCGGCUGUGGCUGCUUCGGCUGCCUCCAUGGAGGAGGAGUCUGGCCCUGAGCGGGUGGCCACACCCGCGAUGUGGGAAUCUGGAGGGCCACAGCAGGGUGCCUCCCCAGACAGCUGCCAGCCGGACCCUGGACCCAACCCUGGCCGGCCCAGCGCAGUCUCCGGGACCAGUGAAGACCUGCGGCCUGCCAAACGCCGCCCACAGCCAGGGACACACAUACCCUGCUCCAGCCCUGGCUGCCUCCUCAGUUUCCCCAGUGUUCGCGACCUGGCACAGCACCUGCGUACCCACUGCCCGCCCACCCAGUCCUUGGAAGGUAAGCUCUUCCGCUGCUCAGCCCUGAGCUGCACGGAGAGCUUCCCCAGCAUGCAGGAGCUUGUGGCCCAUGGCAAGCUGCAUUACAAGCCCAAUCGCUACUUCAAGUCCUACUUGAACCCCGCGUCGUUCGGCCUAAGUCCCCCACGCCUGCGCCCCUUCCUGACCACCGCUCCCGGGCCCCCAGCCUCCAGCGCCGCCGUCUGGAAAAAGAGCCAAGGUGCUGGCGGUAGCCCUCGAAGACCGCAGGGCGGCUCCGACGCGCCCUCAGCGCACGCGGCCCCGAGCCGCAUCGUGUGGGAGCACACGCGCGGCCGCUACUCGUGCAUGCAGUGCGCCUUCUCCACGGCCUCACGGCCCGCCAUGACACUGCACCUGCAGGACCACCGCCCCGGCGCCCCGGCGGGUAAGGCCGAGGGACGCGCGCGCGGAGAGGGCGGGGAGCCGGAGCGCAGGGACGGGUCCGACGCUCCGGGGCCCCCUGCUCUGCCCCACCCGGACCCGACCCCGACCCCGCUCGCCCCUGCGGUGUCGCAGCUGACAGCCGAGGGGGAGCUGCCGGUUUUCUCGCUGCUUUGAACUGCACCGCCCCCUGGCGUUGGGACGGGUGGGGCGGAGAGUUUUGUAAUCUGGGAGGACAAUAAAGGAGGCGCGAUGAGCCAGC